AUGUACUUUAUUUUUAUUUCAGCUGAGUCGAGUAAAUUGAGACAUUCCAGGUAUUCAGACAUACAAGUGCAAUUCCGAACUGAGGACGAUUUCCUCUUGCAGCAACGCGAGAAGCACAAUCACAAGCCCGUCUUUUCGAAUUGUUCGCGUUAUGCUCCGGUUAUUAAGGAGGAAGAAAUGCCGGGCACUAAGGUUAUUCAAGUACAUGCCGAGGAUCGAGAUCCUCCCGAGGAAGGAGGUACGAUCACAUACAGCUUCGUCAUGGCCAACGGCGAGAAGCUAAAAUUCGAAAUAAAUAAUCGGACGGGCGUGAUAAGGACGACCCACAUGCUAGACAGGGACGAACCUGCCCGUGAGAAAGAGGUCUAUCUGACUGUCCUUGCCACGGACAAUGGCAGGCCCCAACUGGACGAUGUCUGCACGUUCAAAGUCACCGUCGAGGACAUCAACGACAACGCGCCCGUCUUCGACAAAGUCUCGUACACGGAAUCGGUGCCGCAGGAUUUAUCGAUCGGCAGGGAGGUGAUGAGAGUCUCCGCCACGGACAUCGACGACGGCAACAACUCCGUUGUUCGAUACAGCAUUUCGCCUAAGCGCUUGGACGACAAUGUUUACUUCAGGAUCGAUCGGAAUACCGGUGUCAUAUUUCUCAAUCAUACCAUAGACAAAAGUCCUGGCUACAAGUUUAGUAUGACGGCAAUGGCGAGAGAUCAGGGUGACUAUCCUCGUUACAACCCCAUCGACCUCGAUAUUCGGGUCGUGGAGUCGCACAAAAAGGCCCCGACCUUUACAGUCAGCCCUUUGGAGCCAAUCAGACUCAAGGAGAACUUCAGCGAUUACGAGGCGAGCAUCGCCCGUCUCGAAGCCCAGUCAAACAUCGAUGAAAGUCCCGACUAUUUUCUUUUCGAGCUCGUUACAGGAAGAACCGAGCAAACCAACAAGGAAAACACUUUCAGAUUGGUAUCGAAUAAAAAUGUGGCGGACAUUAAGCUGGCGAAGGCUUUAGAUUACGAGAGCAACACCGAGUAUACGCUAAUUGUGCGUGUCCAGAAUAAGUAUCAAUUGGCAGCCGAGACGAUGAUAUACAUCGAGGUAUUGGACGUGAAUGACAACAUCCCCGUGUUCCGGGAGAUAAAGAAGGGGAGUGUCUUGGAGAACGAGCCCCGUGGUACGCCGGUUAUGCAAGUUCGCGCGAUCGACGCGGACGGCACGUCGGCGCACAAUCAGGUCACGUAUGCCUUGGGCAAUUACGAGGAUCGCUUCACAAUUGAUCGCUACACGGGCAACAUAACGACACUGACGACCUUCGACCGCGAAGACGACAAUACCUACACCGUGAAAGUUAUCGCCACGGACAACUCUCCAAGUGCUUUAUUCAAAACCGGCGAGCACAAUAAGGGCGAGCAGAAUUUUCGCAUCGAAAUCGCCGACAAGAACGACAAUCCUCCGCACUUCAAUCAGCGCGUGUAUCAGGCCAACUCCAUAGCGGAGGACGCAAACAUUAACGCCCUCGUCACCGAAGUCAAGGCGUACGACGCGGACUCGGAAAGUCCUGUGACUUAUAGCAUCCUAUCGGGAAACUAUAACGACAGCUUUUACAUUGAGAACACAACCGGCAAGAUUCGAGUCAAUCACCCCUUGGAUUACGAGAUGAUAACGCAGUACAAUUUGACGGUGAGGGCGUUCGAUGGUAUCUACGAUGACACCGCCACGGUCAUGAUCUACAUUGAGAACGUCAACGACAAUCAGCCGGUAUUCGAAGCUUUUAAUAAGAAUCCGGUUAUCGAAGAGGAGAAAUUGUAUAAUGGUUGCAUCACAACCGUGGUUGCUUACGAUCCAGAUAUUAAGAACAAGAGUGUGGACCAGCACAUAGUCUAUUCAAUUUUGAGACCCGAGCAUCAGCCAUUAAUUGGAAUCAACAAAGACGGCUGUAUGGUGCUGAAGAAGCCCCUCGAUCGAGAUCCUCCACAUGGCUAUCCAGUAUGGACGAUAAUCGUAAUUGCCCAAGAUGAAGACGGUAUCCAGAACUCCCUGAGAAACGCCGAGUCGGUGAACAUUACGCUUACGGACAUUAACGACAACGCGCCGUUCCUCGACAUGCCCUAUCCCGUGAUUUGGGACGAGAACCAAGAGCCGGGUAACAUAACGGAGCUCAAAGCUCGCGACUACGAUUCCGAGGACAACGGGCCGCCGUUUACUUAUCGUAUCGACGUAUCGGCCGACACGACCAUCCUCACGAAAUUCGAGAUACGGGGCAACGAGCUCUACGCAAAGGUGCGCUUCGAUCGAGAGGAGCGCAAGAGCUAUGACAUCCCCGUGGCUAUUACCGAUCAUGGCGAGCUGCCCCUCACCGGCAUCUCCAAGCUCACCGUCAUCAUCGGCGAUAAGAAUGAUAACGAGAUGAGGGACGGCUCGAGCGCGAUAUUCGUGUACAAUUACAACGGCGACUCGCCCGACGUCGACAUUGGCCGCGUUUACGUCGACGACCCGGACGAUUGGGAUCUCAACGACAAAACCUUCACAUGGUAUCAGAAUAAUCCGGAGGAUGGCUUUCUACUUAACGCGAGCACCGGGAUGAUAACUCUAUUGUCGGGAACGAGGAAUGGGACGUUCCUGCUCAAGUUCACAGUUACGGAGGAAGGUGCCGAAAUACCGAAACACUUUGCCCAGGCGACGGUUAACGUGACGGUGAAGGAGAUACCGAAGGAGGCGGUGGUGAAGUCCGGCUCGAUUCGCUUUCUUGGCAUUAACGCCGAGGAGCUCGUCGCUCCGGACGAGCUCGGCAUAAGUAAAAAGGACAUUCUGCAGGAGCGUCUCUCCUCAAUGUUCAACGUAUCCGUCGAGAACGUCGACGUAUUCACAGUUCUUCACUCGCCGCAUCACAAUAAAUCACUCCUGGAUGUGCGUUUUUCCGCCCACGGGAGUCCUUACUACGCCCCGGAGAAGCUCAAUACGAUCGUCGUCGGGCAAUCGGAGAUGAUCGAGCGUGAAAUGGGUGCGGAUGUGCUCCUCGUAAAUAUCGACGAGUGCCUGUUUGAAAAGGUCCACUGCAACAAUUCAUGCAGGAGCUUCCUCAACAUCAGCUCGAUGCCCUACGUCGUCUAUACGAACACGAGCUCCUUCGUUGGCGUAAGGGCGGUAGUGGAUCCACAGUGCAUCUGCCACGUAGCCGAGCCUAUCGAGUGCCUGAAUGGUGGCACGCCCUUGGGCGCGAGGUGCGAGUGUCCUCCGGGCCUCGAGGGUCCACGGUGCGAGGUCCUGGCCAUUGGCUUCCACGGGGACGGAUACGCCAUUAUGCCCCCACCGGGUCAAGCCUGCGAUGACUCUCAUUUGGGAUUGGAAAUAACACCUCACGCUAAAGACGGAUUAGUAUUUUACUUUGGCCCAAUGAGCUACUUUCCCAAAUUAGGGAUUCAAGAUUUUAUGUCCCUUGAGUUACAAAAUGGUAAUCCCGUUUUGUACGUUGAUUACGGUCAAGGAACCAUAAUGCUAGAUAGAUCGGAAUCAAGCAAAGAUAACGAAGUGGAGGAAAAGAAGUUGUUCCUUGCUGAUGGAAAGCCUCAUCGAAUAGACGUUUAUUGGACGAAAACUUCCAUAGAGAUGAAAGUUGAUAAUUGCGGAUUAUCAAGUUGCAUGAGAUUGAAAGCACCUAUUGGCACUAGCGAAUUCCUUAAUGUGAAUAGUCCGCUGCAAAUAGGAGGUUCAAUAAGCAAUUUGGCCAAAUUGGGAGAGAAAUUUAAUUGGCAGCACGUUCCAACCGAAACACGAUUUGUUGGUUGCAUUCGAAACAUGACCAUCAACGGAAAUACGUAUAAUUUGGGAAUGCCAUCAUUGUCGAUGAACGCGGAUCCAGGCUGUAGUCAUGGCAUGGCAAAGGCCGUGUCCUUCGGCAUUGAUACGAAUUUCCUCGUUGCCAUCCUCGUUUGUAUUACAAUUCUACUCAUUCUUCUCCUGGCCGUUGUCGUACACAGACGUAAAACCGACGAUCUCUACAAAGAUAUGGAUGACAUUAGGGAGAAUAUCAUAAAUUAUGAGGAUGAGGGAGGUGGUGAAGUCGAUACGGGCUACGACCUCAAUGUUCUUAGGGCCAUGUACGAUCCACCGAACGAUAUGAAGAUUAACGCAGCCAGUCUCCAAGGAAGAGAAACUGAAGAGGUACCCGACAUCUGCGGCUUCCUCGACGGCAGAAAAGAGUGCUGCGACAAGGACCCCGACACCAAUCCCUUCGACGACGUACGCCACUACGCGUACGAGGGCGAGGGCAACUCGAACGGCUCGUUAUCCUCGUUGGCCUCUUGCACGGACGACGGCGAUCUCAAGUUCAACUAUCUGUCGAACUUUGGGCCGAGGUUCCGCAAACUUGCCGACAUGUACGGCGAGGAGCCGAGCGACGAGGAGAGCGAAGGCGUCGGGGAUCGCGAGAGCGAAAGCUGGUGUUGAAGAUUAUAAGGGGAGGAGAGAUACGUGUAUCGAACGAGGAUCGAAACUAUUUUCUUCUCUCUUCUUGGACGGCUGUAACGGAAGCGUGUCUCAACGAUCGCGUUUCCCGUCUCGUCGGUAACGCGCGACGUUUCAUCAAGACUGUUUAUGUACAGGCGUAACUAUUAUUAUUUAGCGGUCGGGGGAGAGUUUGGAGCGUUUA